CUGAACACUGCUAGCCGACCGGGAGCCCGCCGGAGAAUAGAGUUGUCGCCGGUAUCGUUUGAUCCUUUCCGGUUAGAAGAAACGCCGCCGAGACGCCGAAACGCCGUCGUUUUUAAUCUCCGCAGAACGAAUCGGGCUCCCGCCGAUUCUUUUCUCUCUGUAAAAUCUCUUCGCCUGAGGGCAACGGAAGCGAGCAGGACGGCCAACUCCGCCACCAAUUCCACAUGUCGUUGCAACGGCGGCGGCACCAGCACCACCGCUCAAGGUCUCUAAUCCCUGUCAUAUUUUUCGUCUCUCUCAUCCUUCUCUUCCUUUUCCUCUUCCUUGCAUUGCUUGCACCUCCUCUCACCGAUAGCAAUCGGCUCCACUACCGCCGCCGUGACAUAUCGGCGGAGGAAGGCGGUAGUAAUGUGUCUGGAGUUCCGGUGUUUCAUAUUCCGACCAGUGGAGGAAUUCAUGAUCGUGAUCUUUGGAAGUCAAAAAAUGCAAAGUUUUUCUAUGGAUGUAGUAAUGCCAGUAGUAAAUUUGCAAGUGCGUCAAGCUUGAAUAAGGCUCAUAACUCAGCUUCUUGCCUUCUUCAUUUGUACUCCCCAACCCCUUAUGCUAAAACUAGAACAAAUCCAACUUGGUACUUGUCAAUUGCAACCAGUGGAGGUCUUAACCAACAGAGGACAGGGAUAGUUGAUGCUGUUGCUGUUGCUCGUAUUUUGAAUGCUACUCUUGUUGUUCCAGCACUAGACAAGAAUUCCUUCUGGAAAGAUUCCAGUGAUUUUUCAGACAUAUUUGAUGUUGAUUGGUUCAUAUCUUAUCUUGCAAAUGAUGUUGUAAUCAUAAAAGAGCUCCCACUUAGGAGAGGAAAGACAUGGAUUCCAAAUAAUGUUCGAGUUCCAAGGAAAUGCAGCGAGAAAUACUAUAUAAACCGCUUUGUGCCCAUACUUAAUAAAAAGCAUGCUGUUAGGAUCCCCAAGUUUGACUACAGACUUUCGAGUUCAUUGGAUACAGAGUUGCAAAAACUGAGAUGCAGAGUUAAUUAUCAUGCUCUGAAGUUUGUUGACCCUAUACUUAAAAUCGGUAAGGAAUUGGUCCAGAGAAUGAGGAUGAAGAGCAAGCAUUAUAUAGCACUUCACCUAAGGUUUGAACCUGAUAUGCUUGCAUUCUCAGGAUGCUAUUAUGGUGGAGGAGACGAGGAGAGGAUGGCAUUUGGGAAAAUAAGGAAGAGGUGGAAAACUCUACAUAGGAGCAAUCCAGAUAAGGGGAGGAGGCAAGGAAGAUGCCCUCUAACUCCUGAAGAAGUAGGUUUGAUGUUGAGAGCACUUGGAUAUGGCAAUGAUGUUCAUAUCUAUGUCGCAUCUGGUGAAAUAUAUGGAGGAGGUGACACAUUGGCUCCUUUGAAGGAACUCUUUCCAAACUUCCAUACAAAGGACACUCUAGCCACCGCUGAAGAACUACAAUCAUUUUCUGGAUUUUCUGCCCGCAUGGCUGCACUAGACUUCAUAGUUUGUGAUGAAAGUGAUGUUUUUGUUACCAACAACAAUGGAAACAUGGCAAAAAUUUUAUCAGGACGAAGGAGAUACUUUGGACACAAACCUACAAUUCGGCCAAAUGGCAAGAAAUUGUGGCGUCUGUUUUUAGGCCGGGAUAACAUGACAUGGGAAGAAUUUUCAUCCCAAGUUAAUAACUUUCAGAGAGGCUUCAUGGGGGAUCCCAUGGAGGUAAAGUCUGGUAGGGGUUUUCAUGAAUACCCUUCACCCUGCAUUUGCAGCGUCUCUGAUGCCAAAGAAAAAUUGGAAUUGGGUCCCCAAGAAACCCGUGAUGGGGGGAAUAUACAGUCAGAAAAGGAAGAUGAUGACCAAAAUGUAGAUGAUCUAGUGGAUAUGUCUGAACUAGAGCAGGAAGAAGACUUAAAUGAAAGCUUAAUGUCCGAGGAAUCUGAGUUGGAUGAGAUGCUUUCGGAUUGACAACAGGAGCAAUAUCUUACGUCUGAGAGAUCAGAGCUUCACAUUAAACACAUAGCCAUUCUGAAUUGACAGAACUCUUUUGAGCACUGCAUCCUUCAAAAAGAUGCAAUCACAGGAUACCAGCUUCCAAAAACGAGCUGCAGUUUAGCCAUCUGCUCGAGCCAUAAUUGCAUCUUGGAAGAAGUUUUGGCUUAGAAAAACACUCGUCUUUUUCAACAGAUAAACAAGCUAGGACAUCUGGGCAGGUAAAUUUAGUUUGUGUAGGGUUAUUAUUAUUAAAAUUAUUCGUUUUUUCCCCAUCAAUAAUAGCAGGGUGUAUCUCAUAUCCUCCUAAAACGUACAUAAACAAUUUUCUUUUUUCUUUUAAAUUACUUCAUUGAUCUAACUUAAAAGUUUUGAAGUGAGGUAGUCAAAACUGUACUAUCUUACAGUCUACAUAUGGACUAUGCAACUUACUGUCAGAGGAAGUAGUAGGCCAAUUUACUAGUAAUCUUUUUGAUUAUCAUC